AGGCGGAGGGAGGGCUCGCCGUCGGAGCUCCCAGCCGCCCCGCCCCCGCCCUUGCCAGGCGGCGGCCCCACAGCCCAGCCGAAUGGAGCCGCGCCGGGAUUGAGUGGGGCGCAGACUAGGAGCCGCAUGUGCCAAGUUCGGAAGCGGCUGGAGAAGCUCUUCUGCAAGAAGCGAAUGCCAGAGAGUCCCGUCGGAGUGGGCGGCCAGGCAAGCCUGCAGAGAUGGGAGAACAACCCAUCUUCACCACCAGAGCACAUGUUUUCCAAAUAGACCCCAGCACUAAGAAGAACUGGAUGCCUGCAAGCAAGCAGGCAGUCACCGUUUCCUACUUCUAUGACAGCACAAGAAACAGCUAUCGGAUUAUCAGUGUGGAUGGAGCCAAGGUGAUCAUCAACAGCACAAUCACACCUAAUAUGACUUUCACCAAAACAUCGCAGAAAUUUGGCCAGUGGGCAGACAGCAGAGCAAAUACUGUGUUUGGUUUGGGAUUUUCUUCUGAGCAACAGCUGACAAAGUUUGCAGAGAAAUUCCAGGAAGUGAAGGAAGCUGCCAAAUUAGCUAGAGACAAGUCUCAAGAGAAAAUCGAGACUUCAAGCAAUCAUUCUCAAGAAUCAGGAUGUGAAACCUCAUCUUCUACUCAGGCAUCGAGUGUGAAUGGAACCGACGAUGAAAAGGCAUCUCAUGGCCCUGCAGAAGCUCAUCUGAAAUCGGAAAAUGAGAAGCUGAAGCUGGCUCUCACACAGAGUGCAUCCAAUGUCAAGAAAUGGGAGAUUGAGCUGCAAACUUUGAGAGAAAGCAAUGCAAGACUAACAGCAGCACUUCAAGAAUCUGCUGCCAGUGUAGAUCAAUGGAAAAAGCAGUUUUCUAUUUGCAGAGAUGAGAAUGAUCGUCUCAGAAAUAAGAUUGAAGAACUGGAAGAACAAUGUAAUGAAAUAAAUAAGGAGAAGGAGAGGAAUGCACAGCUGAGCAGGAGAUUGGAGGCCUUGGAGUCUGAAAUUCAAGACAAGGAGAGGGAGUUGAAAGAUCUCCGAAAACAAGGUGAAAUAAUACCUCAACUCAUGUCGGAAUGUGAUUUUGUCACAGAGAAAUUAGAGGCUUCUGAGAGAGAAAAUCAAAAUCUCGAAGAUAAAGUGAGGUCUUUAAGGACAGACAUCGAGGAGAGUAAACACAGACAGCGCCACCUAAAAAUGGAACUCAAGAACUUUUUGGAAGUCCUUGAUGGGAAGAUUGAUGACUUGCAUGACUUUCGGCGAGGGCUUUCCAAACUGGGAACGGAAAAUUAGGGUGCAAAUUGUGAUGUAGGCUCCAGAAGUUUGAUGUUUGUUAACCCCUAAAUGUGUGUAUUACAAAAUAGGAACAGGAAAUAUCUUGUCUGCGUUUUUUUGUAAAUAGAGGCUCAAAGUUUGUUGUGUUUCCAACCAAUUGUGCUGCUCACCAACUUCUGUCCGGAAUAGAAACUUCACUUGUUUCUCUGGACUUCUGGACAGGUGGAAGAUCUUGCCUCAGGAAUCAAGAACUAGGUUUAUAUUAGGUACUAUGGAGUUAGUACAGGGAAAUCUAUAUUUCUUAAGGCUAUUUGCAAUCAUAAAAACACAAAAGUAUUUUCUAAUCCAGCUAUCAAUAGUCUAAGCAAUCUGCAAUUUCAUUCUUUUUUGGUAAGUGAGAUUGGAGUUAGUUGGAUUUCAUAAUCUCACUUAUCAGAAAUGUAAUGGGUGAUUUCUGCUCUGACACUUUUGGGAUGUUUGACUCUGAGGUCCUUUCCACCUCUAUGAUUCCUGACAGAUAUACAUUUGCUUUGGGAUAAGCCAUCUAAAACUCAUUGUGUAUGAAUGUAGUGAAUCUUUCAUAGUACACAUUGUGAUGCUUUUAAAAAUGAAUUAAUAGAGACUUUAUGAGAAGAAAGGAAUCAGAUUUUUUUAAGAAAUAUAGAUAUCUCCUCUAAAUCAAAGCACCAUUUGCACAUGUCAUAUCAUGUGGUCUGCAGGACUACAAAACAAUUUUCCUUUUAAUUAUUUUUAACUUAUAAGUGGACAGCCAUGAUAUAUAAGCAAUAGAUCAUGAAGGCUCAGCCUACAUUAAGAGUGGUAUUGUAAUCAAAUAAAAUUUACAACAAAUUUCAUCUGGCACAUAUUUAAUUUAUAUGUUCAUUAUAUAAUCUGUAUAAUUGCUUACCAUUCAGUUGGAUGGUGUGUGUAAUAUACACGGUUACAUCUAAUAAUUUAAUUAUCAUUCAGCUGUAUGGCAUCUCUCAAACACACAUGCACAUGUACAUACCCUCCAGUCUGCAAUCCAUUUAUUAAUAUUCCUUUUUCCAUAGCCAAACUGAACCAUUUCUGGGGUUAAUCAAGGGAAAAUGAGAGAGAAGUAAAUAGAUUAGGAUUUCUGUGGGUCCUAGGCUUUCCAGAUGACUACAUACACCUCCCUUCUCUCCAGUGAAGGACACCUACAGCACAGAUAUUCUGGGAGCCACAGGAUGCCAGGUACCCUUAGUUAUAAGCAUGGGAGCUAGGGGUCUUUGCGUGUCUUGACUGAAAUCAGGGUAGUAAACAGUACCUAAUGUGAGAAUUUUUGCCUUUUUAUUUAGAGUCAAGGUUCACACCAGAGUGACCUCCUGUUUCAGACUAGAAUCAAUUGGAGAGGGGGAAAAAGGGAGAAAUAUAGCAGGAGUUUCUUCUAGCCCAUUAGGGCUGCCUCUCAGAUCUUUGGGUUACAGAUGGAAGUCACUCAGAAUUCCUUUUUCCCUUCUAUUCUACCCUUGACUGAGUGACCAAAUACUAUGUCUCCUACUGACAUAUACAUUCUUACCAUCCUUCCCCCAGAUGGCUUUAGGUUCUUUCAUUAGAGGAAGUUUACUUGUCUCCAAAAUAUCUCUCUCACAUAGCCUGAAAUUCUACCUACUUAAACAUUUAUUUGAAUUAGCCUAUAUAUAUGGAAUGAGGGUGGGAAUUAAAAAUUAGUUAUCCCAUAACCCUUCUAUUUUACUUUAUGUGGAGAUUCAAUGCCCUUCAGCUUAGAUGGGAGAGAAAGGGAAGCCCUUCCUAGAGAACAUCAUUAAAAUUGUUCAGAUCUCAGAGCCAAUAAAUAGAGUAGUUGGUUCAGAUUUCCAGGAAAUUAUAAAUUACUUUGAAAUACCUUAUAAAUUACUUUGAAAUAUGCUUUCUGUCCCAACUCAGACACCCUUAAAGGGUACAAUGAAGGCAAUAAAUAACCAGUGUGGAACAAAACAAAGGAAGAUGUUGGAUGGAACAUAUUGUGGUCCUACACUAAAGCCAUUUAAGGAACAUUGAUUAAGAAUGAGAUGUUAUGGGAAUGAGGCAUGAGAAUAACUUUUGUAGUAAAAAGCUAGUUUAGUGCAAUCUGAGGGAGGACAAAGGCUUCAUAAGAGUACUUAUUGAUUAACCAAUUCUUUUUCUUUGAGAAAUGCCUCUUUUUUUUUUUUUUUGGCUUUAAGGAAAAAAAAUCUCAAAAAAAGGAAAAAAAUAGAUGAAAUUGAAUUGUAUUGAAUAAGUAAUUGCUAGUGUCUGAUAGACACUAAGUGUGAGAGCCCUGUCCUUGAGUAUAUUGAGGUGAGUAUGAUAGGGUAAAGAUUAUAAAAAUAACCGUCUUGGUUUAUUCUGAUAUUGCCUCAUGAAAUAGUGAUGUAACAUACACUGGUUUGAUGAUGUCCUUUUUCUCAGAGUAGGCUUAUGGCUCUUAUUUCUCACAAGUAUGGUUUGAAUCAAAACCUACAUUUUUUUGGAAUAAAAAAAAAAGCUUUGCCUGAAGUGUAGUAAGGACAAAAUCCUCCUAGACAUAUUGGGAUCCAAACAAUAUUAGACUGCCUGCAAGACUUAGAAAUAAGAUUUUUUUUAAAAUUCAGCAUGGAAACAAUGUUGUCAGCCAUGGCUUUUAAUCUCUUCUUUAUCUGUAAAAUAUGGUGCCAUGCCUAAAAAGAAUAAAAUUAUGUGGAAUCACGAGCCUCCUCAGAAUUAAAGAAAAGUUACCUUCAGUAGUCAAGUGCACAAAAAUAAAGCGGAUGAACAUGAGAUAGUGUGAUCUGGCUUCUAAAGGUAUGAGGAAACUAUAGUGACAAUAGAACUUUAUGCUUGUGUGGUAUUUUAAGUCUACAAAGCUCUUUCACAUCUUCAAUCUCAUUUGAUCCUUGCAAUAAUUUUUUUGUGAAGCAGAAAGAGCAUGGAUCUUUAUUCCCAUUUUACAGAGAAGGAAAUUGAUGUUCAAAAAUAUGUGACUUCUCUUAAUGGCAAAGCCAGGGCCAGAAGAAUAAUCUUUAAAUAAUCAGUUCGAUUUUCUAUGUCAAGGUCUUGCCUUUCUGGAAAAAAUCUAUCAGGCUCAAAGGUGACUUUUUUUUUUUUCUAUAACUUGAUUUGGUCUAUCAAAGCAGUAUUGUUUGAGCACAUAACUAUUGCUUUGGCUGCUGUCCAUAGUAAGGAAGAACAGGUAGCCCUUUCAUUCUAUUUACACUAAUGACAAUAUAUUUGAUUUUUAAAACAACUGCAUUUGAUCAUAGGAUCACCACAGGAACGCACUGGCUAAGUCCAUACCAUGAAAUACAUAGUGUUUAUAUUUAUGUAUAGCAUCCCUUUGGAUGCCUUUGCCUCCUCUCUUCAGCCUGAGCAAAAUCUGAAAGGAGAGUUUACCCCUUAAACAGUUGUCAUCAUCAAAUCAGUUUAUUUAGAAUAAAGUUUAGUUUUAACCUUAGAAACAUGAAUAGGAUUCUUUCUCAAAAAUUUCCUAAUUCUUCCUCUGUGUGGAUUUCAGUCAGUGUCUUAUAAUUUUUCAAGCCAUUCUGGUAUUACCUUAAAAUGAAUUGUCAAUUCUUAAAGUAAAUGUAAUGGUUACGUCAUAGCACAUCAGUAAAUCCUAAUGAAAGGCAGUUAAGAUCUCCUCUCGUAUCAAAGGUGGGCCUUUGGGGAACAAUAACCAGGGACCUGCGGAGAAAGACACAGCAACUGUGCUUCCCCAAACCAUGCUGAGCCAUCCAGUUUCAGAGGCCUCCUUUUUAUGCUGCAGCAUCUUUGGCUACCAGUCCAUAAGUGCAUACAGCUGGACCCAUAAGUGACAGGUCUGAACCAUUUGACAGGCAGACCCCUCCAAUAGGAAAUUAAGGAUUUAACUCAUGAUUUUUUAUUUCUCUUUUGCUAAGGGAGCAACAUGGAUGCUGUUAGCUUUCAAGUACUUGCCUCUACAACUAGAUGUUGCUGGUUGUUUAUUUUUAGUUAUCUAACUCUUGGCUGAAUUUGUUUUUGAAAGUGCAGAUGGUUUAAAUGGAGAAUACUCAUCAAGGUGCCUGUGUAUUUUUGAGUUACACAUGUGAUUUCAGAGCCCUUUUUCUUGUGGUUACCAAAAGAAACUUUAUUUAUACUGUUUGUCUACCUGUGGGUAUGUGUAUUGUAUAUAUGUCCUUUAAAUACCUCUUAUGAUGGCAUCUGUAACAUGAGCAUCUCAGAAGAUGUUUUUGAUUUUUCAGUUUAACGACUGGUCAGCAAUAAUUUUUAGCCAUAGGCCAGCUAUGAGAAUGGCUAUUUGAAAAGAAUUUUGAGCUAACAUUCUGGGGAUGAGAGUAUUGAAUAACUUAUGGGAAAGGCAGGGUGGGAGUGGGUUGUUAAGGUGGGACAAGUUAUUCUGUAUUUAUAAUAAAGAAGUUUUCAUUUCUCCCUCUAUUCCUUCCCCCACCUCUCCUAAAGGGACAGUUGACAGAGAGAACAGGAUUCAGGUCUUGCCAAGGCAAUCCUCUAAGACUAUAUAAGUUGCCAAGAAGGUAAUAGUCUGCAUUGGUAGAGAAAAUGUCCUAAACCUGUACCAAUGAAAUUGUCCUGUCCCUAAUAGGGUAAUACUGCAUAAUAUACUCUACAAGAUAUUUAUGGAAGGAAGAGUUUUAUCAGUUGUGUGUGGGCUUCUCCCCUUCUGUUUAGAUAUAAUUCUACAAAAUUUAACUUUUUAAACAUUCAUCAAGAAUAAUUGACUCCUUGUGACCAAUGACAGGGUUUUUAGAUUUGUCAGAAGAUUUUGCUAAUAAAGAAGGUUUUCAAACCUGCUUUUUUGCUAUUAUAAGUAAAAAUUUGUCAAAUAAUUGAAAUGUUGUUGAUAUUUAAUAAUGGGGAAACAUGGCCACACCUCAAUUGUCAUUUUGUCCUCUUUUGGUAUAUUUAAUAUAUGAAGAAACAUGCCGAAGUAUUCGGUUGGAUUGUUGUUAAGAAGUCUUUUAUGUUGUCACUGUGUGCCAUUAACCAAUAGACAUUUCUCACAUCAAAUGCAAGCAUUUAACAGUAAAUGCAGAUGGGGUCAAUUGGUUUACUGGUAGCAGUAAAGGCUGUUUUUUUAUAUACAUGGGUGUAAUUUAAAAACAAAAAUGAACACAUUUCCUUUAAGAACUUAUAUACCUUUGUGGUUUUUAUCUGAUUUUCUUGUAUCAUAUAGAGUUGUUUUAUGUAAAAAUAUAUAGUUUAAGUAAAA